CCUUUGAAACAAAAACUCCCUUAAGGGUGGAAGGAAGAGGUGCAGCUAAGGGUGUGGUUAACCUGGAAAACAGAGAGAGAGAGACGUGGGGAAAGUAUUACAACACAGCACCAAGAGAACAAGAGAGAGGGAGAGAGAUUAAAGAACAGAAACCUGACCAACGGGAUAAUACAACAUGCUGGAGAGUCCUUCAUAUACGACUAAGCCAGUCUACAUUAGAAGUAUGUCAUAGCAAAGAGAGGAAACAACACUAUGUGCCCUGAUACUGCCGACUCCGCAUCUGACUGAUUUAGGGGCCCGGUAAGGUGACAUUGCAAAAUGCAGACACUCAGUGAUUUCAAUGUGUCUUUAUUACGUCAUGCGCGUGUGAAUGUCGGCGCGUGAUCAUGCCCAGUGCAUACGACAGCACCAGUAAUGCAGUUAGACUGGUUCAUCUUGUCUAGACGUGGGCAGUGUAGGUGAAAUAACAGAAACCAGAUGUAGGAAUAUGUGACAACUCAACAACAACAUGCUCUGAGUAGGAGGAGUCCCACACACAUCCUUUAUAACUUCCCUCCCCUCACACACACACACACACACACACACACACACACACACACACACACACAAAGAAAUCCCCUCUGAACACAUACGGUACCUUAAGAUUACUCAGUUAUGGAAGCCUGUGAGAGAAGGCCCAUCCCUCUGUGAUGUGACACAGAGCAGCGGAGGAGCGUGCGACAGGAUGUCAAAGGGAGACGUAGAGUGUGUAUCAGGAAACACCCUUUGUGUGGUCCUGAAUCAUGAAAAGGAAGUGAUUGUAGUUCCUGUUGUACUGCUUGUGAUCUUCCUGAUCGCUCUGUUGACCAUCUUCCUGUUGAAGUUCUGCCCUGACCGCACGCCAGCCCCAACGCUUCUCCCGACCACCACUCCACCGCAAGGAAACAGAGCGAGCAGACACAGACACACACGCAGUCAGAGACACAACCUUCGGGGCAUAGAUGCUCCAACUGAGCUCAACCCUCUAGAACAUGAGGAGGUACCCAUAACAACCCCCAGCAGGGGGCUGGCCCCGCCCACAUUGUCCGCAGUACCGGAGAUGGCCAGCGAGAGGCAGCCUGGUUCCUUCCAGCUGGUCACUCCUCUGCCCAGGUCAUUGUUUGUGGUUCCAGGAGCCUCUGUGACUCUCUACAGGGCCAGGAUGGAGAACAGGGAUGUGGUUCUGCGAGUGCUGAAAGAAUCAGCAGACGCCGGUGAACGGCAGCACUUCCUGGGGUUUGCUUCCUUCCUGUCAGAGCUGGGGCCCCACCCCUUCUUGCCGGGUAUGAUGGGAGUUGUGUCCGUGCGGUCGCCCUUGGUUACAGUGAUAGAGGAGCUGGAGCACAGAGACCUGCUGGGUUAUCUCUGGAGGUGCAGACAGGACCACACAGGUGAGGGCUCACCAUGUGACCUCACAGAAAAACGCAUCUUCACCAUGGCAGGACAGGUGUCCUCUGCUCUGGAAUAUUUGCACAGCAAGAGCUGUAUCCAUGGCAACUUGGGUGCCCGGAGUGUUCUGGUUGGUCAAUACCUAACAGCCAAGCUCUGGGGGCUGGGCCCAGCAUACAGGAGGCGGGGCCAGACGGGGACUCCAUGGGAACUGGAGGACAUGGAGUUGAGGAAGUGGCAGGCUCCUGAGAUACUGGCCAGGAGAGACAUCAAUCAAAGUAGUGAUAUCUGGUCCUUUGGUAUACUGCUCUAUGAGAUGGUGACACUUGGUGACCCUCCCUUCCCAAAUGUCCUGGCCAGUGAGCUGCUGCAGUACCUCCAGAGAGGGAACUCCCUGAAGAGGCCUGUUAGCUGUUCUAACUCACUCUACUCUACGAUUAAGUCCUGUGUGCAGUGGAGUCCCCAGGAGCGCCUCCCAUUGGCUGGGCUGAUCCGGAAGAUCCAAUCAGGAGAGAGAAGUGCCAAUGACAGGACUGUUUUGCGGGUGCCCGAGCCCCUGGACACAGAGAAGUAUCUCAGAGAAGCUGGCUACGGGGAGGCCUACAAUUACGCUGUUCUCUGAUUGGAUGGCUGUGUGGAAGUUUCUCUGGAUUGGUCAGAGGGAACUGCCAGGGUCACCUGAUCUCACACUGAACGACUGAAUGGCAAUGACUCAUGGAAUUUGUCUAAAGGUCCUUCAAAUGAGAAGGAGGACUGAAGUGGAAGUAUACACUGUUUACAGAAAUUAUGUGCCUAAAUAGUAAUGUGCCCGAAUGCGUAUCCAUUGUGUAUGUAUACAGUAUAAAAUGUGUGUGUGUGUAGACAAGCAGAAAACUAAGCUCUGCAAUGACAACAUUUACCCCAAACCAGCUCUUCCUCUAUUCUAAAAACAGACAUCUGUGAUGGAUUGUUGACAUUGCAAUGAGAAACACGGAGCAAAGCCCUGGCUAACAAACUAAGAUGGAUGCCUUUGUCAGAACAAAGCACUUCCAACACACCACAUCUCCUUUUCAGACACAUCCAAACAAAUGCUAAAUAAAACCAAACUA